UUUGAGUAUCAGUAACAUUACGCAAAAUUUAUUUAAAAUUAUCUUCUCAUUAAACUAUAGUUAACGUAUUGACUGCUAAGGACCUUCAUAUAACAAUACCAUGUUACCAACAUAUGAUGACAUGUCAGUCAAUGUUUUAAUUUGAAAGUAAAACACAAACAAAGCUCAUAUUCGACCCUAUUGACUUACAUUUUUUCGGUUACGUUCCGAUAUUCAUUAUCAAUACUGAUCUACCUAUGUAUAGUGAACGUAACCGCAGUGAAAGUGACAGUGAAUAUCGGAAUGCAGCCUUCAUGUUGAAGAAAUUCUAUUCCCGUGAAGUUCAAUUUUAACGGUUACCAGAGCAACAAAAAUAUAAAUUGCCAGUGUUUUUUUCUAAGUCUCCCAUGGCCGGCCUCCAAAUUUAUCGUGUUUAAAAUUAAAGAUUUAAUUAAAAUUUCGGUUUGACGAUUUAUCCAAAUUUUCAUUGUGUAACAUCAAGAGAAGCUAAAUUGAAGACAUCACAAUGCGCGAGUGUAUAUCGAUACACGUGGGCCAAGCGGGCGUCCAGAUGGGCAACUCCUGCUGGGAGUUGUAUUGUCUGGAACACGGCAUCCAGCCGGAUGGUACCAUGCCGUCCGACAAGGCAUCCGGUUCCAACGAUUGCUUCAACACCUUCUUCAACGAGACGGGCUCCGGCAAGAUGGUACCGCGCGCCGUGAUGAUCGAUCUCGAGCCGACCGUCGUCGAUGAGAUUCGGACGGGAACGUACAAAGCAUUGUAUCAUCCUGAGCAGUUGAUCACCGGCAAGGAGGACGCCGCCAAUAAUUAUGCUCGCGGUCAUUAUUCCGUCGGAAACGAGAUCAUCGAGUCCGUGAUGGACCGAGUGCGCAGACUGUCCGAUCAGUGCACCGGCCUGCAAGGCUUCUUCGUCUUCCACUCGUUCGGGGGUGGCACAGGAUCAGGUUUCACGUCUCUGCUUAUGGAGAAGCUGUCCGACGAUUACCACAGGAAGAGCAAAUUGGAAUUUGUCAUAUAUCCGGCGCCGCAAGUAUCUACUGCCGUGGUGGAGCCAUACAAUGCGGUGUUAACAACACACACGACGAUCAGUCACUCCGAUUGCGCUUUCAUGGUGGACAACGAGGCGAUCUACGACAUUUGCCGGCGCAAGCUCGGCAUCGAGCGACCCUUGUACGCGAACCUGAACCGGCUGAUCAGCCAAGUGGUGUCGUCGAUCACCGCGUCCUUGAGAUUCGACGGCGCCCUGAACGUCGACCUGACCGAGUUCCAGACAAAUCUGGUGCCCUACCCGCGCAUACACUUCCCCCUGGCGACCUACGCCCCGGUGGUGUCCUCGGAGAAGGCCUACCACGAGGGCAUAUCGGUCGCGGAGAUCACCUCCGAGUGCUUCGAGGCCACGAAUCAGAUGGUCAAGUGCGACCCGCGCAACGGCAAGUACAUGGCCUGCUGCCUCCUGUACCGCGGCGACGUCGUGCCCAAGGACGUCAAUGCCGCGAUCGCCGCUAUGAAGGGCAAGAGCUACAUUCGCUUCGUCGACUGGUGUCCCACGGGUUUCAAAGUCGGGAUCAAUUAUCAGCCGCCUACGGCCGUGCCGGGCGGUGAUCUCGCCAAGGUCCAACGAGCUGUCUCUAUGCUAUCUAACACGACCGCUAUAGAAGAAGCGUGGGCCAAGCUCAAUCGCAAGUUCGAUCUAAUGUACAACAAGCGGGCAUUUAUUCACUGGUACAUAGGCGAAGGUAUGGAGGAGCUUGAAUUCUCGGAAGCGCGCGAGGACCUCGCGGCACUCGAGCGGGAUUACGAGGAAGUCGCCCUCGAAUCCCCGUCCACACCGGACACAUCCGAGUAUUAACACGCGCGUUUUCUUUUGG